CUUCUCCCAGCGCCUUCUGCGUCGCAUUUUGUUUACUUCUUAAGCUAAAAACCAAAACAGAGACAUGUCGAAAAAGUGCACUGUGCGAUCGCUGAGCGACAGUGCCUUGGCGGAAUUGGCCAAUCUGCUUGUGUCCACCAUCAGCUAUGUGCAAUAUGCCCCGGACGUUCAUCUGGACAUCAAUAUCGUGAUGGUGGAGCUGAACGAGUAUCUGGCCCAGCUGGGAGCCACCUCGAAUAUCUAUCAGGAUCUACUCAGGGUGAUCCUCAGCUCGGAUUAUCUGGACGCCAAUAUGCGGUUCACCUGCCUGCAGAUGCUGCUCAACUGCGGAGUCACUUUUCUGAUGACCGAAGUCUUUCCCUUUAGCUACUACGAGAAGAUUCUACAGGUGAUUGCAGCUCAAGGAGCGGGAUUGCGGGUGCUGAAUAUAAAGGGAAUCUGGGUGAAAGAGGAGCACAUGCACUAUAUGUACGACAUUGUGAGGCGAUGUAAGCAGUUGGUCAAGCUAUAUGUGCCCUAUAUUGCCAACGAUCGGCUGCUGGAGGAGAUCGGGAAGUGCUGCACACGCCUGCAGAUUUUGGACAUAUCCGGCGAGACUGACAUUACGGAAAUCGGCAUCGAUUUUCUGGCCAAAGGCGUUUGCUCACAAUCGCUGACUGUUGUGGAUGUGGGAAUGCCGGGUGAGGAGAACAUCUGCUACUCGGAUAUUGCCCUGAUCCUGGAGCACUGUCCCCAAGUGGAGACCCUUGCCACAUACUCAUUUGUAGGGGCCUCUCUGAAGUUUAUUCACGACAAUAUCGAUGAGCGGUUUAAGUGUCGCUUGAAAUAUAUUCACGACACGGGCACCGAUGAAACCACUUUGCAGGUGAUAAUGCAGACUUGUCCGCGGUUGGAAACCCUCUAUUUGGAUUCGCCAAAAACUGGAAGUUUGAGAGCUCUUCACACGCGGAAUCUGAGAAAAUUGAAAAUCUACAAAUUCGUGGUGGCUGAGUUACUUCCUCUGCUAGAGCGACCAAUUGGCAGAAACCUGCGUCAUCUUACAAUGAUCAAGGGCUUGGGAAAUCUCGACUUAGGAAAGUUGGCUCGUCUCUGUCCGUCUCUGAUCGAUCUCGACUGCUAUAUGAUCGAUAGUCUAACCUACGGGCCAGGACAAGCCAAGUUCCAGCAGCUAGAGGGUCUGGAGAUCCUAAGUAGCGCCAUCAUGACCAGUUCUUUGAAGGUCUUUCUAUGCAAUUCCACGGAUCUCAAGAGGUUGGCUGUGGACACAGUAGAGUUUACAGAUGAGGAUAUAAUAAGCAUGUUUAUGCAGCACGACUUUAAAGUCCUGGAGGAUGUUUGGUUUACUUUGGCGCCAGAACUUACAGUACAGUCUGUGGAGUUACUAAUGGACAGCUGCCCGGAACUGCAGUCCGUGGGUCAAUUAACAGGCUGGUCCUUAACGCCCGAUGACUUGGCGCUGAUUCGGGGACUUUUGAAAAGCGGCAAUUCGAGCAUUGUACUGACACCAAACGGUUUUCUAGCUUGACGCCUUCAGUAGCCCUUAUGCUGCUGCCUUUUUCCGGCCAGGAGGAGCAAACAUUGUUGUGAACAAAUCAAGUGUUGUGUAUUUUAAUUGCUUGUGAUAUUAAGAAAAUAAAGUUGUUUAAAUUUAAAUUUGAAAA